AUGCGUUUCUUGUUCCGAGCUUCUCAAUUAUGUGGUCGUAUUCAGCAGAUUGCGACUGACGCUUCGAAACGGAAGUAUGUGUUCUUUGAUAUUUCGAUUGGUGGAAAACCUUCUGGCAAAGUGACGAUUGAGCUUUUCAAUGAUGUGGUUCCUAAAACAGCUGAAAACUUCCGAGCUCUUUGCACGGGAGAAAAGGGUAUCGGUAAGCAAGGGAAACCACUGCAUUUCAAAGGUUCGACUUUCCAUCGCAUUAUUCCUGAAUUUAUGGUGCAGGGAGGUGAUUUCACUCUUGGCGAUGGACGAGGUGGUGAAUCAAUCUAUGGAGCUAAAUUUGCCGAUGAGAAUUUCAAUUUGGCUCAUACUGGUGCUGGGGUGCUGUCCAUGGCCAAUUCUGGACCCAACACAAACGGCUCUCAGUUUUUCAUCACUUGCUCCGAAACUGAAUGGCUUAAUGGAAAACAUGUGGUAUUUGGACAAGUAACAGAUGGAAUGGAUGUAGUGAAAAUGAUUGAAGCACAGGGAACAAGCCGUGGAACACCAAAGCAAAAGGUGGUAGUCACGGACUGCGGUGAGACGUUUCCGCCAAAACAU